CUUAAGAAUUUCAUCCGCCAUGGUACGCCCCUCCGUUGUCCACCCCUCUAUCGUUCCCUGCUCUGCCUACCUUGUCUACCACACAUUUCCUUUGGUGUGUUUUUGUUUCUUCUCCCUCACACAAACGAAUAAUUAUCCCAUUCCUUUUUUUUCUUCUACUUGAAACUCAUUCGUUUUUUACUUGUUUACUUCGUGACUAUCUUUCCAAAAUUCCCUAUUUGAUCCACACUUUCAUAUACCUUAGUCGACUUUACGGCAAUUUUGCAACAACCUUGCAACAACCGCAUUUUGGCACAUGUCCCGCUGAUAUCAUAUUCUUUGAACAGGCAAACAGGCUAGGGUAACCAACUACGAAGAACCCUCGCGGAAACAUGAAUAUUCUCCCCCGCAACCUGCGCAACAAAAAACCAUGGGCCACGUAAGCGAGCCCGGACACACGGCCGGCAACGGUCAUCGGAACAACAUCCCCGAGACCUACUCCGCUCAGCCCGGUGAUAUACAGAAUCAAAACCGUGUCGCACAAGCCGAUGCCGCCGCCGCCCACCAUGCCGAGGUCAACCAGAACAUCUCCGGAACACAUUCGAACAAGAGCAAAAGCAGAGUAGACGAUACCCACGCCGCUAAAAUCGUACAAGAGGAAAACGAGAAUAGGAAUAAGUUUCCCAGGUAUCCCGGUCUAGAGAGGUGGGAGCUGCUUGAGAAGAUGGGAGACGGGGCGUUCAGUAAUGUCUACCGAGCAAAAGACCUCGAACAGAAUGCUGGUGAGGUUGCCAUCAAGGUCGUCCGAAAAUUUGAAAUGAACAACAUGCAGGGCCAUAAACAUCUACAUCCGGAUUUCAAGAAGGUUCCGAAGGCAGCAGAGCGAGCAAAUAUAUUAAAGGAGGUUCAAAUCAUGCGCCAGCUGGACCACCCUCAUAUCAUCAAACUGGUCGACUUUUCGGAGUCAAAGCAAUAUUAUUAUAUAAUCUUGGAGCUAGCACCUGGUGGAGAGUUAUUCCAUCAGAUUGUGCGACUCACCUAUUUCAGCGAAGAUCUCUCAAGACACGUUAUCGUGCAAGUCGCAAAAGCCCUCGAGUACCUUCACGAGGAGAAGGGUGUCGUACAUCGUGACAUCAAACCUGAAAACAUCUUAUUCAGUCCGAUACCACUCGUCCCAUCGAAAAAACCCACGCCAAAACAACCUGGCGAUGAAGAUAAAGUGGAUGAAGGCGAAUUCGUCAAGGGAGUCGGAGCAGGAGGAAUCGGCAAGAUCAAGAUCGCUGAUUUCGGUCUGUCGAAGGUUGUAUGGGAUGACCAAACCAUGACGCCAUGUGGCACUGUUGGUUAUACAGCCCCUGAGAUAGUCAAGGAUGAGCGUUACUCCAAGUCGGUGGAUAUGUGGGCCCUCGGCUGCGUAUUAUAUACAUUAUUAUGCGGUUUCCCACCAUUCUACGACGAAAGUAUCGAGGUGCUUACGGAAAAGGUUGCAAAGGGGCAAUAUACUUUUCUAUCACCAUGGUGGGACGAAAUCUCCAAAUCUGCUCAAGAUUUAAUCACGCAUCUUCUUUGCGUCGACCCUGACGAGCGGUAUUCGAUCAAUGAAUUCUUGAGCCAUCCGUGGGUACAAGGAUCCGGACCUACACCUCGUGAGGAAAAGAAGGCGAAUGCAGAAGUGUUACGCGCAUUCGACGCCGGACGACUCAUCGAUGGCGAGCGCCGCAUGGACUUCAGGUCGCCAGGUGCGGUAAACCUCCGAGAGAUUUUCGAUGUCGGAUACUCGGUACAUCGGCAAGAAGAAGAGGCCAAGCGGAGAAAGCAGAUCGGCGUCAAGGGUGCUGCACCGUCGCGAUUGGCUGGUCUUGACGAAGAUUCGGAGGAGGAGGAAUCGGACCCAGAAUAUGUGCAUAAAGCCGAGUCGCAAUCGCUUGAGCAGAGCAUGCGUAAGACGCAUAUUGGUAAGGAGCAAGAACGUGGCCGACGGCAGGAACGACAAUCCGAUAGAGAACAAAAAGGAUAUGGUCAACAUAGCGCCGCCGUCGCGCAAGCCGCUCGGCAGCAGGUUCGUGAUCGAAAUAAGCAGCGAGGAGCUUUCGAACUCAAUCUAGAUGGGGCGACGUUACUUGGUAGACGAGCCGCAAAACCUGCAACCGCUAGCGUUGGUGGCUUAUAGGGCAAGACAGCUGACAAGCAGGAAGUUGAUACUGAGGAGAAACAUGAUCACGACGGUUGUUGUUGGCAUUGACUUAUUGAUUCUAAGAACAUCUGGGCCGAGUUUCUGAGACGAGCGCGGAGAACGGAUUUCGGAGGCAUCGAGGCAUGUGAUAUUGGUUUAAAUGAGCAACACGGGGAGUUCUUGUGGCUUUUUGUCUUUUUGCAACAUUGAUCCGCAGCGCUUCACACAUAGGACUAGGCGUUCCCGGAAUCGAGAUACAUAUUUCGCCCUUUUCAAUUGACGGUGCUUCGAUGUGAAUAAAAUUAAGUUGUCCCUACAUUCCUCGUGAUGAUAAAUUUGGCCUGGCUGUUUACGGUAUUGGUUUUCCAAUCCUACAUGUUGCUAUAGCUGUCUCCCUUGGUAGUAUAUUGGCGGCGCAUCGCCGUCCCCAGCAUUUCUUGAUUAAAUUUGAGACACUGCGGUCCUUCGGUGCA